UGAAGAAACGGUUACUGCAUUUAAGAAUAAAUAGCCUUUCUUCUAAAAUAAGUUCUUAUAACAAUGAAUUUGACACUGAUACAGAUAUCGAACUUGACAUUAACCUUGAUACCGAUCAUGAAGAAACUGUUCAUAUCAAUAUUAAUGAAGCAACUCAAGAAACACUUUCAGAUAAUAAUUCACCAUCAAUAGUAGUUGGGCAGAUGUUCGCCAAUUGGAAUGAUGUUGAACGACACAUUAAUGUCUAUGCUCUAAAACAAGGGUUUGCGACAAGACUUGAUCAUACAGAGAAAAACUUAGGCAUUACUAUCAGGGCAGAAAUUGUUUGCUGUCAUGCUGGCAUUGCAAAUAGCAAAAGUACUGGGUUGCGAAAUACUAAGAGUAUUGCAAUUGGUUGUCAAUGCAAAAUAGUUAUUUGUUGGUCAAAAACAAAAUGUCACUAUUACGUGAAAUCUGUCAAUCUCGAACAUAACCAUCCUAUGGAUACUGCGGUGGCUAUUUUUGAUCCAGGUUAUUGCAAAUUAAGUAAUAGUGAACAUGUUUAUAUACGAACGCUUUAUGAUAGUGGAGUGCCAAUACCAACAAUUAUAAGAAUGCUAAAUGAGGAGUAUGGUAGAUAUGUCUAUAAUAAAGAUGUAUAUAAUUCUUUAAGCAAUAAAUCCCGUAAUCGUGUUAAAGGUUUAUCACAAAUCGCCGAGCUUUUGAGCAGUUUACAUAACAAAAAUGAUUAUUUAGUUACAUAUUCAAUUAACAAUAACAAGCUUCACUGUCUAUUCUUUGCUACUCAAUUUGAACUUACAAAAUUUAAUGGUAUCAAUUCAAUGGGCAUUACAUUUCUUAUCGCAUGUGGACUUUUUGCUGAUGAGACUGAAGUAACUUUUUGUUGGAUACUCUGUCAGUUAAAACAAGCAAUUGAUGAUACAGCUAUUCACAAUAUUAAACCAAUUUUAACUGACAAGGAUCUUGCACUGCUUUCUGCAAUUCGGACGGAAAUGUCCCACGUCAAACACCAACUUUGCACCUGGCACGUAGAACAAAACAUAGUCAAGAAUCUGAGCGGCAAACUUAAGGAUAAAUUUGUAGCCUUUAGUAAAGAUUUUAAGGUGAUAAUGACGGAAACUGUUGAAGAUCGAUUUAUUAUUUCCUGGGAUCAUCUGUUAGUUGAGUAUCCUGAGGCUUGCAGUUAUAUGGAACAAUAG